GCUGGGUGCCUCAGAGGCGCGGUGGUGCAAAACAAAAGAAGGCGGCCAUGAUCGAGCAGUGAGAACAGCGUCACGCUUCUGUUUCAUUUCCUAAAUAGUUUGCAGUUUUCCGAAGAACCAGAAUGGAUUAAAACAAUGGCGUGAAUGUGCACAUAUUUACCAGAGAUAUCUGAGAAGAUCCCAUGUUUGUGCUGCAUGCGCUCCAUCAACCUGGGAUCGGCAAGGCUCCCAAGAGGAGGUAGAGAACAAUGUACCGCGGCAGUGGAGAGCGGGACUUCCAGACGUCGGCCCGUCGGAUGGGAACAUCGCUGUUGUUCCAGCUGUCGGUGCACGAUAGAGAGCUGGAUCUGGUCUACCUUGAUCACAGCUAUGCCAAGCCAUGGAACGCUCACCCAGAUGCCAGCAGUGCCCGGCCCACUCGUAUGUUGUUUGUCACCCCACGGCGGCAGCCCGAAUCCUCUCUGGACUUGGACUUGUGCAUCGAUGUGGAGACAGUCACCCCAACACCCAUGCCUCUCUAUGACAACCAGAAGGCACGUAGUGUUAUGAACGAGUGUGAGCGGCAUGUUCUGUUUGCACGAACUGUUGCUGAUGGGCCUCCACCUCCAGAUGACUGGGAAGAACAUGUUAACAAGACUGGAUGGACCAUGGCUCAAAACAAGCUGUUUAAUAAAGUUUUAAAGGCUCUUCAGGCUGAGAGACUGGCUAGGCUGGCCAAUGAAUGUGCCGGUAAUGAGCCUGUCUUACGCAGAAUUGCUGUAGACAAAUGUGCUCAUAAGGUUCGACACGCACUGGCGAGUGUAAACUGGGACACCAAGCUGACCCAGUGGCUCCACAGCACCAUGGUGGAGUCUCUCAGCCUGACUCUGCUGGCUGCCUACCUAGAUGUUCUGCAGACACUUAAAAGCAAGGUUCCAUCUCUAAUUGACCGGAUGCUUCAAUCCUCCUCCUCUAAAACGGGCGCAUCAGGGUCUGAGGCUCUUUCCCUGCUGCUGAAACGCCCGUGGGAUCCAGCUGUGGGUGUGCUCUCCCAGAAUAAGCCUAGUAAACUUCCUGGUUCUCCUCUGAUCCUGAUUUGCCCAUCUGCACCGACUCUCCCUUCCAUCUCUACCUCUCGGCGAAUGAGAUUCUGGCAGUCGCAGCUCUCCUGCUUGGGGAAGGUCAUCCCCAUAAACACCCAUGUAGGCAAUGGAUCUAACUUGGGCAUCACUCAGUGUCUGGAGCACAUGGUCGGCACGGUCCGAGGGAAGGUCAUUGAGGUUCAUAGUCACUUACCCCACAAACCCAUCAUCCUGGUGGGCUGGAAUGUCGGUGCGCUGAUCGCCUGCCACGUGUCCCUAAUGGAAUACGUGACUGCUGUUGUGUGUCUGGGCUUCCCUCUACAAACAGUCAGUGGACCCAGAGGGGACGUGGAUGACCCGCUGUUGGACAUGAAGACUCCUGUGCUGUUUGUGGUGGGGCAGAAUGCUCUGCAGUGUGGCAUGGAGAACAUGGAGGAGUUCAGGGAGAAGAUCCGAGCAGAUAACAGCAUGGUGGUGGUUGGAGGGGCUGAUGACAAUCUCAGGUCUGUGAUCAGCUCAUCUAAGAUGAAGACUGAGGGUCUGACGCAGACCAUGGUGGAUCGAUGUAUUCAGGAUGAGAUAGUGGACUUCUUGACGGGAAUCCUGACACGAGUAGAAAACCCAGGUCACGCUACAGGAGAAACACGUGACCUCGACACAGAGAAGAAGAAGAAACCCAGACGGGAGUUGCCUUUUGAUGCAGAGAGAUCACGACCAUCCUCGCCUGCUAUUCGUGUCCCCAUCUCACCCUCAGGGUCUGAGGACAUGUCCAGCGUGUGCAGUAGUCCCACAGCCAGUCCCAGUCCUAAGCCCAAGACGACUGGUUUGUCUCCAGCCCAGAAGUCCAGCCUCAUUACUGCUACCCAGCUGCUCAAGACCCACAUGCAGCGCUCUGGAACUGUGCUCACACACAAACAAGCUCAAGCUCAGUUCGCUGCGUUUAUGAAACAGAACAUGCUGGUGAGGAAGAGCAUUCCUCCUGGCAGCCCAUCCUGUCUGUUUGUUCCGGUGUCGGGCGAGCAAGCAGACAGUCUAGAGCGAGACGACCUGCGGCUCCACAUGAAGAGAAGACAGACGCCCAGCCCCACACCCAGCAAAUCCUCCAAACGGGCCAAGAUCAAAGUCACUAUAGUCUCCCACGGUGAAACAGCAGGGGCCACGGGCACCUCCACAUGCCAAGAAGUGGGAGCAUCUGGAAAGCCCCUCACAGUCACCAUGGGCCAGACCGUUUCAGGGGCCAAAGAGCUUUCCGGGCUUUUGACCGCUCAGAGGUCCAGUGCUCUGGCGGAUGUGUCUGGAGGUCUAGGCUCUAGUGGAGGUUCCUACCACGGCCUGCAGGGCAGUGUUAUCUCUGGCUCUUCCUCUCCAGUACAGGUCCAGGCCCCUGCUGCUGCACAAGCUUCCUCUGCCAGUAGCCUGUUACAGGGUCUGAGCUUCAGUCUGCAGGAAAUCAACACCAAAUCACCAGGUCUGCCCUCCAGCACUCAGGCUCCAGGAGGGAAGUUGCAGCCUCAUGGACAAGUGCUGACCUCUCUCAGUCCAGCAGGGGGCACUCUAGUGCGCGCGGUCCCUGUCGUGUCCACCGGCUCCGGAAUGACCAAAACUACGGCUAUCCACCAACUCCUCACCAACGGUGGCCUGGCUAAGCUGGCCAACAGCCUUCCUGGACUGGCUCACGUGUCCAAUCAGAGUGCUGGACUGAAAGCCCCCACAACCAUCACAGUGACCCUGAGAGGACAACCAAGCCGAGUUCCAGCUCUUAGCCAUGCAGGAGCCAUACUGCCCCCACACACUGCACCUGAAAACCAGUGACCAGAAACUCCAUGGAAGCUCCAUCCGUCCAUGCUGUUUGAAGCUACAUUGGCUGCCACUUUGACCCCUAUUACCUGCUAAGGCUCUGGUAAACCGGCUGUGUGGUUUCCUCACUUGAGCACGGAAGUCACAUAUAUCUUCAGUUCUAAAACUUCUGACCCUGUGGUUGACUGACUAACCUGCUUACCCAUCUCAGCACCUUGCAGGAACCUAAGCCCGAGCUGAAAUAAAAUUAUGGACCUUG